AUGUCACGGGUGUUUAAAAAACAACUCUGGAAGCAAACUGUUUCCAAGGUCAUUCAGCAAAAGCUGAAAGAGGAGCGUGAGGCUAAGCGAGCCCAGCUGGAUGGAAGACAUGACUACAUCCUCAGCAUCGUGGCUUCAUGCCUGGGACUGGAGAAGGCUGAUGUUGAAGAUGCCAUACUCGAGGGGGCUCAGAUUGACCGCAUGGAGCAGUUCUUUGUGUCUGAGGGUCUUCCACACCUCAUGUUCUACUACCAGGACACUGAACCGCUAGAAGCAGGUAAAAGAAGAUACAUGCCUGCCCCUGCUCAGCCUGUUGCCCAACAACCUGGUCGCAGCAAGAGGUCGAAAGUGUUUGUGACAGAGGGGAGAGACGUGGCGCUGACCGGAGUGUGUGUCUUCUUCACCAGAGCCAACACCUCUAAGACUAUCACCUCUGAGAACAUACACAGGGAUGUGAACUUCAAUAUGUUGGAUACUACUGAAGGGGGUCUGUUGAAGAGUGUGGAGCAGCUGCUGUCUGAGAUCUUCAUCCCCACCCUGAAGAAGAUGAACCACGGCUGGGGGGAGCUGGCCAGCCCUCAGGCCCAGGCUGUCAAACAGGACUUUAUAGCGUCAUUGGACAGCUUUGUGUCUGUCUUGGCUGGAGCACAGGAGAGCCUGCAGGAAAAGGUGAACCUGAAGGAGUGUGACACGUUUGACCUGCGGUCGCUCAAGGGCCCAUCAGACUACAUGGUAGCAGCCAACAGUACAGAGACCACUGAGAAGAUGGAGGCUUGCAUGAAAGUUUGGAUCAAACAGAUUGAACAGGUCCUAGCUGAGAGUGACCAGUUGAGGAAGGAGGCAGACGACUUGGGCCCUCGGGCUGAACUGGACUACUGGAAGAAACGGAUGUCCCGCUUCAACUACCUUCUGGACCAGCUCAAGAGCCCUGACGUCAAGGCUGUACUGGGCAUACUCGUGAUGGCCAAGUCUAAACUCAUCAAGUCAUGGCGAGAGCUAGACAUCAGGAUCACUGACUCAGCCAAUGAGGCCAAAGACAACGUCAAGUACCUUUACAGCCUGGAGAAGUUCUGUGACCCUCUCUACAACAGCGACCCUGUGUCGAUGGUGGAUGCAAUCCCAGGUUUAAUCAAUGCCAUCAGGAUGAUCCACAGCAUUUCUCGCUACUACAACACAUCUGAAAAAAUCACAUCACUCUUUAUUAAGGUGACCAACCAGAUGAUCACAGCCUGCAAGGCCUACAUUACUAAUAAUGGCUCUGCUACCAUUUGGGACCAGCCUCACCAGGAAGUGGCUGACAAAAUCAGAGCUGCUAUACACCUAAACCAGGAAUACCAGCGAUAUUUCCACAAGACCAAGGAGAAACUGGAACAGACUCCAUCAGAGAGACAGUUUGACUUCAGCGAGAUGUACAUUUUUGGCAAGUUUGAUACGUUCCAGCGACGGCUCAGCAAGAUCCUGGAAAUGUUCAGCACCAUUUCCACUUACUCUGCCCUGCAUGACUCCAAGAUAGAGGGACUGGAGACCAUAGCCACCAAAUUUCAAGCUAUUGUGCUGAGCAUGAAGAAAAAGCAUUACAGUUUCCUUGACCAGAGAAGAACUGACUUCGAUGUUGACUAUGACGAAUUCUGUAAAAGUACCACCGAGCUCCAUAAUCAGUUGAAGAGUUUUAUGGAAAGCACAUUUGAAAAGAUUCAGAGUACGGAGAGAGCCCUAAAUGUGCUGAAGAAAUUUGAAAGGCUGGGUAUCCCUGACCUUGGCAUUGAGGAGAAGUACCAGUGCAUUCUACAGAACUAUGGGCGAGACAUUGAAAUGGUCUCCCGUAUCUACACUAAGCAGAAACUGGAUCCACCCACUGGCCGGGACCUGCCCCCGGUGGCGGGUCGGAUCCUGUGGGCUCGCCAACUGUACCGCAGGAUCCAGGGCCCUAUGGAUCUCUUUAAGCAGCAACCAGGGGUUCUUUCCACAUGCGAGGCUAAGAGGAUCAUCAAGAACUACAACAGAGUGGCCAGGGUCCUGCUCGAGUUUGAGAUGCUCUAUCAUCAUGGCUGGAUGAAGCAGGUAGAGGAUGCCAGGGUGGGCCUGCAGGCCUCUCUGCUGGUCAGGUCUCCAGAGACAGGGGAGCUGUUUGUGAACUUCGACCCAGAGAUCCUGAGCCAGAUCCGGGAGACAGACUGCAUGACAAGGAUGGGGUUGGAGAUACCCACCUUUGCUGCCCUGCUGCAGCAGAAACAGGGCACCCUCAAACAGAACUACAACAAACUACAGUUGAUGCUGAGCGAGAACUCCAGAGUGCGGGCCAAGAUUCAGAGCGCCUUUGAGCAGCUGGCCAUGCCUCACGUAGCUAAGGUGGAUGAGGCUAUACUGCCAGGUUUGACCUCCCUCAGCUGGACGUCUCUGAACAUAGACAAGUACCUCAGCCGCAUCGACAAGGCACUGGCGGACCUGGAGUUGUUGAUGGAUAGGGUGAAUGACUUAGUGGAGUUCAGGAUAGACGCGGUGCUUCAGGAGAUGAGCACAGCCACGUUGUGUGUUCUGCCAGAGAAGGAGCCCGAAACUUGUGAGGAGUUUUUUCAGACCACCAGGGACCUGUGUAUCAAAGGAGCUCAGAGCCUCCACACUAAGAGCUCAUUAGUGGAAGAAGCCGCCAAUGAGCUGAUCAACAUGCUGCUUGAGUUUGACCACAGCCAGAAAGAGGAAGAGGAGAGGAUUGUGGCAGAAAGUCGAACUGAGAGCAAGACCAUGGAGCACACUGACAGCGAUGGCCGAUCUGAAGGUCGUCUAUUCUCCAGAAAUACCUUGGUCCCUCCAGCCAGUGUUGGCCCCUCUUCUCCCCUGAUGAGGAGGAAGAAGAAGAGGGACCUGAUGGAGGUGAUGGAGGAGGAAGCCCAGGAGCUGCUUUCCCACUUCAACCACCGCAACGUGGAAGCCUUGCUUAGACUGACGCGCAACACCCUGGAGAUGCUACGCAAGCGCAUCCACACCUCCUCGCUAAUGCAUUUCCUGGGUGAGAAUGACUCUCCUAGUCGAGGGAUGAGCAGUGGUCAGCAGCCCAUCUUCAGAGUCAGUGUGACGCUGUCCAUCCCGAACAUCACCAUGGUUCCAGCCCUGGAGGAGGUCCAACAGGCUCUGAACCGAGCUGUGGAGUGUGUGGUCAGUGUCAGCAAGGGAGUUGGCCAGUGGAGCAAAGAAAGGAUCUCUAAGAGGAAGAUGAGUGAAAGACGUUUGGCAGCCCUGAAACAGGACAGCAGUGAAAGUGAAUCAGAGGAUGGCAACACAACAUACAGGAGCCUGGCUGACAUUUCAGCAUCUGUGAUCCAGGCCAUUCCCUUUCAAGCCAGAAACUACUACAAAAGUGUGUCGGAGAACAAGGAGAUCGCCAAGCUUAUUUCUGUUCUAAGCACCUCCAUCACCUCCACCAAAAAGGAGGUAAUGACUGCACUAGAGCGCUUUAGCUGCUACCAUCACAUAUGGAGAAAGGACCGUGAAGACACUAUUCAGAGGUUCAGCCAGGGGAGUCCCUUGCUGUCAGAGUUUGAGUCUCAGAUCCUUUACUACCGCGACCUGGAGCUGGAAAUAAAUGCUGAACCAGAGUACAUCAUAGUAGGAGCUCUGGCUCUGUUUACAGCCGACCUGAAGAUGUCACUCACUGCUGAAAUCAAGAGCUGGAUUCUGGACUACGGCCUGUACUGUAAUAAAAAGUAUCGUUUAGAGAUGGAGCAGAUCUUUGCUUUUGUAGAUGAAGCAGGAAAGAAGCUGAAUCGGCAGAUCAAAGACCUGGAUGACAUUCGCAUUGCUAUGGCAGCACUCAAAGACAUCAGAGAGCAUCAGAUAUCUAUUGAUUUUCAAGUUGGGCCAAUAGAGGAGUCAUAUGCUAUGCUCCAUAAAUUUGAGCUGUCAGUGGCGAAAGAAGAGGCUGAGAAGGUGGAUACACUGCGUUACACCUGGGAGAAGCUGCUGUCCAGGGCCACAGAGGUGCAGAAUGAGCUGGUGGCCCUGCAGCCCAACUUCAGAGGAGAGCUGAUCAGCAAUGUCGAGAUCUUCCUGGAGGACUGCCACCACUUCUACCAUGACUAUGAGAAGGAUGGCCCCAUGGUGGUGGGACUAGCUCCUCAGGAUGCCAGUGACAGACUCAUCAUGUUCCAGAAUCGAUUUGACAACCUUUUCAGGAAGUACAUCACCUACACUGGUGGAGAGGAGCUGUUUGGACUUCCUGUUACCCAGCAUCCUCAGCUGCUGGAAAUUAGGAAGCAGUUGACACUGUUGCAGAAGCUGUAUGGCCUGUACAACAACGUCAUUGAAACAGUCAACGGUUACUACGACAUCCUCUGGGCUGACAUCCACAUCGAGAGAAUCAAUAAUGAGCUACUGGACUUCCAGACCAGGUGUCGUAAACUGCCACGUGCCCUGAAAGAGUGGCAGGCCUUCCUGGAUCUGAAGAAAACCAUUGACGAUUUCAGUGAGUGCUGCCCCCUGCUGGAGCUCAUGACCAAUAAGGCCAUGAUGACCCGCCACUGGAAGAGGAUUACUGAGGUGACGGGGCAUAGCUUCGAGGUGGAGACGGAUACAUUCAAGCUACGCAACAUUAUGGAGGCUCCUCUGCUCAAGUGUAAAGAAGAAAUUGAGGACAUCUGCAUUAGUGCGGUGAAAGAGCGGGACAUUGAGCAGAAACUGAAGCAGGUGAUUGCUGAAUGGGACAACAAGACUUUUACAUUUGCCAACUUCAAGACCCGUGGAGAGCUUCUCCUGAGAGGAGACAGCACAUCAGAAAUCAUUACCAGCAUGGAGGACAGCCUGAUGAUGUUGGGGUCUCUGAUGAGCAACAGGUACAACACCCCAUUUAAGGCUCAGAUACAGAAGUGGGUGCAGAAUCUGUCCAACACAACUGAUAUCAUAGAGAACUGGAUGACGGUCCAGAACCUCUGGAUCUACCUGGAGGCUGUGUUUGUUGGGGGAGAUAUCGCUAAACAGCUCCCGAAGGAAGCGAAGCGCUUCUCUAACAUCGACAAGUCAUGGGUGAAAAUCAUGACGCGAGCCCAUGAGAUGCCCAACGUGGUACAGUCGUGUGUUGGAGACGAGACCAUGGGACAGCUGCUUCCUCACCUCCUCGAACAGCUGGAGAUCUGCCAGAAGUCACUUACAGGCUACCUGGAGAAGAAGCGCCUGCUGUUCCCUCGUUUCUUCUUUGUGUCUGACCCUGCCCUGCUGGAGAUCCUGGGCCAGGCCUCCGACUCCCACACCAUCCAGGCCCACCUGCUCAAUGUCUUCGACAACAUUAAGUGUGUCCGCUUCCAUGACAAGAUGUACGACCGCAUCUUGGCGAUAUCAUCACGGGAGGGGGAGACUGUGCAGCUGGAGCGUCCCGUUACAGCAGAGGGAAAUGUGGAGGUGUGGCUCAACGCCCUGCUGAAGGAAUCACAGAGGUCUCUGCACCUGGUGAUCCGCCAGGCUGCCCUCGCUAUCCAAGACUCCGGCUUCCAACUCAUUGACUUCCUCGACUCCUUCCCCGCUCAGGUGGGCUUGUUGGGUGUCCAGAUGAUUUGGACGAGAGACGCUGAGGAAGCUCUGACCAACGCUCGCUAUGACCGUCGCAUCAUGGCCAAGACCAACCAGCUCUUCCUGGAUCUGCUCAACACACUGAUUGACAUGACAACAAGGGACCUGGGGGCUGUGGAAAGGACCAAGUAUGAGACCCUCAUCACUAUCCAUGUCCAUCAGAGGGACAUAUUUGAUGACCUGUGCCGGCUACAUGUCAAAAGCCCCAGUGACUUUGAGUGGCUGAAGCAGUGCCGUUUCUACUUCAGUGAGGACUCGGACAAGAUGAUCAUCAACAUCACAGACGUGGGUUUUGUCUACCAGAAUGAGUUCCUGGGCUGCACUGACAGGCUUGUUAUUACACCACUGACUGACAGAUGUUACAUCACCCUAGCCCAGGCUCUUGGUAUGAGUAUGGGUGGAGCCCCUGCUGGUCCUGCAGGGACUGGUAAGACAGAGACCACUAAAGACAUGGGUCGAUGUCUGGGAAAAUAUGUUGUGGUCUUCAACUGCUCUGACCAGAUGGAUUUCAGAGGUCUGGGGAGGAUAUUCAAAGGUUUGGCUCAGUCUGGUUCCUGGGGCUGUUUUGACGAGUUCAACCGCAUUGACCUCCCAGUGCUGUCGGUGGCAGCCCAGCAAAUUGCCAUCGUCCUCACCUGCAAGAAGGAACGACGCAAAAACUUCAUCUUCACCGACGGAGACAGUGUGGAUAUGAACCCUGAGUUUGGCAUCUUCCUCACCAUGAACCCAGGCUAUGCAGGUCGCCAGGAACUUCCUGAAAACCUGAAGAUCAACUUCCGCUCAGUGGCCAUGAUGGUUCCGGAUCGUCAGAUCAUCAUCAGAGUCAAGCUGGCCAGCUGCGGCUUCAUAGACAACAUGGAGCUGGCCCGCAAGUUCUUCACUCUCUACAAGCUGUGUGAGGAGCAGCUCAGCAAACAGGUUCAUUAUGACUUUGGCCUGCGCAACAUCUUGUCUGUGCUGCGGACUCUGGGCGCCGCCAAGCGAGCCAACCCCAACGACACGGAGUCCACCAUCGUCAUGAGGGUCCUCAGGGACAUGAACCUCUCAAAACUGAUCGAUGAGGAUGAGCCACUCUUCCUGAGCUUGAUCGAGGACCUCUUCCCUGGCAUCCAGCUUGAUAAAGCAGGCUACCCUGAACUGGAAGCUGCCAUUGACACACAGGUUGAAGACGCAGGUCUGAUCAGCCACCCUCCCUGGAAGCUGAAGGUCAUCCAGUUGUUUGAGACUCAGAGGGUCCGACAUGGCAUGAUGGCCCUUGGACCCAGCGGGGCUGGAAAGACCACCUGCAUACACACACUGAUGAAAGCCAUGACAGACUGUGGUCAGCCCCACAGAGAGAUGCGCAUGAAUCCCAAGGCCAUCACAGCACCUCAGAUGUUUGGUCGACUGGACGUGGCCACAAACGACUGGACUGAUGGCAUCUUCUCUACACUCUGGAGGAAAACACUGAGGGCUAAGAAAGGCGAGCACAUCUGGAUAGUCCUGGAUGGACCAGUUGAUGCCAUCUGGAUUGAGAACCUAAACUCGGUUUUGGAUGACAACAGAACCCUGACUUUGGCAAAUGGAGACCGAAUAUCCAUGGCACCCAACUGCAAGGUGGUGUUUGAGCCACAUAAUAUAGACAACGCCUCACCAGCCACCGUCUCACGCAAUGGCAUGGUGUUCAUGAGUUCCUCUGUGCUCAGCUGGAGCCCCAUACUGGAGGGCUGGUUGAAUAAACGCUCCCCCCAGGAGGGAGAGGUGCUCAGGGACCUCUUCUCCUCCUCCUUCCCUGAGCUCUUCCGCUUCAGUGUCCAGUCUCUGGAGUUUAAAAUGGACUUGCUAGAGGCCUUUGUCAUCAUGCAGUGCAUCAACAUGCUGCAGGGGCUCAUAGCACCCAAGGAGCAGGGCGGGGAGAUAUCCAGAGAGCACAUGGAGCGGCUGUAUGUCUUCGCCCUGAUGUGGAGCGUUGGAGCUCUGCUGGAGCUGGAUGACCGCAAGAAGAUGGAGACCUGGCUCAGAGAGAACGACAGUAUCUCUCUGGACUUACCAGAAGUCCAACCUGACAGCGAGGAAACCAUGUUUGACUACUAUGUAACAGCAGAUGGUCAGUGGGUCCACUGGAGCACUAGAGUGGAGGAAUACGUUUACCCAUCUGACAUCACGCCCGAAUAUGGCUCCAUCCUGGUUCCCAAUGUGGACAACGUUAGGACAGACUUCCUCAUUCACACUAUUGCCAAGCAGGGGAAGGCUGUUUUGCUGAUCGGAGAGCAAGGAACGGCCAAGACUGUCAUCAUCAAAGGCUACAUGUCAAAGUACGACCCUGAGACCCACAUGGGCAAGAGUCUCAACUUCUCAUCUGCUACUACGCCGCUCAUGUUCCAGAGAACCAUUGAGAGCUAUGUUGAUAAGCGGAUGGGGACCACUUACGGACCACCAGCUGGGAAGAAAAUGUCUGUCUUCAUAGAUGACAUCAACAUGCCCAUCAUAAACGAGUGGGGAGACCAGGUAACUAAUGAGAUUGUGCGGCAGCUGAUGGAGCAGAGCGGCUUCUAUAAUCUGGAGAAACCAGGGGAGUUCACCAAUAUUGUGGACAUCCAGUUCCUGGCAGCCAUGAUCCACCCUGGAGGAGGCCGUAAUGACAUCCCACAGAGACUGAAGAGGCAGUUCUCCAUUUUUAACUGUACCCUGCCCUCAAAUGCUUCCAUAGACAAGAUAUUUGGUGUGAUUGGUUGUGGCCAUUACUGCACUCGUCGUGGUUUCAGUGAGGAGAUUUGUAGAACUGUGCCCCACCUGGUAUCUCUGAAUCGCCGUCUCUGGCAGCUGACUAAGGUCAAGAUGCUUCCGACGCCUGCCAAGUUCCACUACAUCUUCAACCUCAGGGAUCUGUCUAGGAUUUGGCAAGGCAUGCUGAAUACCACUGCUGAGGUGGUCAACUCUGUCCAGGUGCUGCUGGCGUUGUGGAAGCACGAGUGCAAACGUGUGAUAGCUGACCGAUUUACUAUGCCCGAGGACGUGGAGUGGUUUGACCAGGCCUUGGCGAACCUGGUGGAAGAGGAGCUUGGGGAGGAGGAGAAGAACAUGGUCGACUAUGGAGUGGACAGAUACUUUGUUGACUUCCUGCGAGAUGCACCUGAGGCUACAGGGGAGGAACCAGAGGAUUCAGACUUUGACCUGCCCAAGGUGUAUGAGCCUAUAGAGUCAUUUGAGAGUCUAAUGGAGCGUCUGAACAUGUUCCUGAGCCAAUUCAAUGAGAACAUCAGAGGAACCGGCAUGGACAUGGUCUUCUUUAGGGACGCUAUGAUACACUUGGUGAAGGUGUCAAGGAUAAUCCGGACACCCAGAGGUAAUGCCUUGUUGGUGGGUGUAGGGGGAUCAGGCAAACAGAGCCUGACCAGACUGGCCUCGUUCAUCGCUGGAUACAAGAUCUUCCAGAUCACUCUCACACGCUCCUAUAACACAGCCAAUCUGAUGGAUGACCUGAAGGGCCUGUACAGGACAGCCGGCCACCACGGCAAAGGCAUCAGCUUCAUCUUUACUGACAAUGAGAUCAAAGAUGAGUCUUUCCUCGAGUACAUGAACAACGUCCUGUCUUCUGGAGAGGUGUCCAGCUUGUUUGCUCGUGAUGAGAUCGAUGAGAUCCUUAGUGAUCUCAUCCCCAUCAUGAGGCGGGAGUUUCCAAGGCGACCACCGACCAAUGAGAACCUUUAUGAGUACUUCAUGUCACGGGUCCGACAGAACCUCCAUGUCAUCCUUUGCUUCUCGCCUGUUGGAGAGAGGUUCCGCAACCGAGCACUAAAGUUUCCAGCACUGAUAUCUGGCUGCACAAUGGACUGGUUCAGCCGCUGGCCCAAAGACGCCCUUGUUGCAGUUUCAGAGCACUUCCUGUCUGUCUAUGACAUCGACUGUUCCUCCCAGGUCAAAAGUGAGGUGGUCCAGUGCAUGGGUUCCUUCCAGGAUGGCGUGGCAGAGAAGUGUGUCGAAUAUUUCCAAAGAUACCGACGACCCACCCAUGUUACGCCCAAGUCCUACCUGUCCUUCAUCCAGGGCUAUAAAACCAUCUAUAAGGAGAAGCGAUCUGAAGUUCAGACUCUGGCUAACAGGAUGAACACAGGUCUCCAGAAGCUGAAGGAAGCCUCAGAGUCGGUAGCUGCUCUCAGCAAGGAGCUGGAGGUGAAAGAGAAAGAAUUACAGGUCGCCAAUGACAAAGCUGACAUGGUGCUGAAAGAGGUGACGGUGAAGGCCCAGGCAGCUGAGCGAGUGAAGGUGGAAGUGCAGAAGGUGAAGGACAAGGCUCAGGCCAUUGUUGACAGCAUCUCGGCCGACAAAGCCAUCGCUGAGGAGAAACUUGAAGCCGCACGGCCUGCUCUUGAGGAAGCUGAGGCUGCACUGCAGACAAUCAAGCCAUCGGACAUAGCCACAGUACGGACUCUGGGCCGCCCGCCUCACCUUAUCAUGCGGAUCAUGGAUUGUGUGCUGCUGCUCUUCCAGAGACGGGUAAAUGCAGUGAAGAUUGACCCAGAGAAAAACUGCAACACACCAUCCUGGCAGGAGUCCCUCAAACUCAUGACUGCUGGGAACUUCCUGGGCAGCCUGCAGCAAUUCCCCAAAGACACCAUUAAUGAGGAAGUGGUGGAGCUGCUUCAGCCCUACUUUGACAUGCCCGACUACAACAUUGAGACAGCCAAGCGGGUGUGUGGCAAUGUGGCAGGCCUGGCUUCCUGGACCAAAGCCAUGGCCUCCUUCUUUUCCAUCAAUAAGGAGGUGUUGCCCUUAAAGGCUAACUUGGCAGUGCAGGAGAAUCGUCUGGCCAUAGCCAACGUGGACCUGCAGAAGGCCCAGGCGGAGCUGGAUGCCAAACAGGCAGAGCUGGAUGUGGUACAGGCAGAGUACGAGAAGGCCAUGAUGGAGAAACAGACGCUGCUGGAAGAUGCUGAACGCUGCAGACACAAGAUGCAGACAGCAUCCAGCCUCAUAAGCGGUCUGGCCGGUGAGAAGGAGAGAUGGACAGAGCAGAGCAAAGAGUUUGCUGCCCAGACCAAACGUCUUGUUGGUGAUGUCCUAUUAGCCACGGCAUUCCUUUCUUACUCGGGUCCCUUCAAUCAGGAGUUUCGAAACCUCCUGCUGAGUGACUGGCAGCGGGAGCUGAAGCAGCGCUGCAUCCCAUUCGGCAACAACCUCAACUUGACCGAGCUGCUCAUUGAUGCGCCCACUGUCAGCGAGUGGAAUCUACAGGGUCUCCCCAAUGACGACCUGUCCAUUCAGAACGGCAUUAUUGUUACCAAAGCCGCGCGCUUCCCCCUCCUCAUCGACCCACAGACCCAGGGAAAAAUCUGGAUCAAGAACAAAGAGACCAGGAAUGAGCUACAGAUCACUUCACUGAACCACAAGUACUUCAGGAACCACCUGGAAGACAGUUUGUCUCUAGGGCGCCCCCUACUGAUUGAGGAUGUAGGAGAGGAGUUGGACCCUGCCCUCGACAAUGUCUUAGAGAAAAACUUCAUCAAAACGGGCUCCACUUAUAAGGUGAAAGUGGGUGACAAGGAGGUGGACGUGAUGAAGGGCUUCAGGCUCUAUGUGACCACCAAGCUGCCGAACCCAGCGUACACCCCUGAGAUCAGCGCCCGCACCUCCAUCAUCGACUUCACUGUCACUAUGAGAGGCCUGGAGGACCAGCUGCUGGGCAGGGUCAUCCUCACAGAGAAACAGGAGCUGGAGAAAGAGAGGACAGAUCUCCUGGAGGAUGUGACAUCUAACAAGAGAAAGAUGAAGGAACUAGAGGACAACCUGCUCUACCGAUUAAGCAGCACACAGGGAUCACUGGUUGAUGACGAAAGUCUGAUUGUCGUUCUUGGCAACACCAAGCGCACGGCUGAAGAGGUUACUCAGAAGCUACAGAUUGCUGCCGAGACCGAGGUUCAGAUCAAUGCUGCCAGGGAGGAGUACCGACCCGUGGCCACCAGGGGCAGUAUCCUGUACUUCCUGAUCACAGAGAUGAGCAUGGUGAACGUCAUGUACCAGACCUCCUUGAGACAGUUCCUGGGACUUUUUGACCUUUCCCUCGCUAGGUCCUCCAAAAGCCCCAUCACUAGCAAGCGCAUUGCCAACAUCAUCGAGUUCAUGACCUUCGAGGUAUACAAGUAUGCAGCGCGGGGUUUGUACGAGGAGCACAAGUUCCUGUUCACUUUGCUGCUGACACUGAAGAUUGACAUGCAGAGCAACAGGGUGAAGCACGAGGAGUUUCUCACAUUUAUUAAAGGUGGUGCUUCCCUGGACCUGAAAGCCUGUCCUCAGAAACCUGCUAAAUGGAUCCUGGACAUGACCUGGCUCAACUUGGUAGAGCUCAGCAAACUGUGGCAGUUCUCUGAUAUACUGGAUCAGAUAAGUCGUAAUGAGAAGCAGUGGAAGGCGUGGUUCGAUAAGGAGGCCCCAGAAGAGGAGGUGGUCCCUAACUCCUAUGACCAUGCUCUGGACUGUUUUAGACGCCUGCUCCUCAUACGCUCUUGGUGCCCUGACAGGACCAUCGCACAGGCCCGUAAAUACAUCAAGGACUCGAUGGGGGAGAAGUACACUGAGGGGGUGAUACUUGACCUGGAGAAGACCUGGGAGGAGUCCGACCCCCGUACUCCGCUCAUUUGCUUCCUGUCCAUGGGUUCAGAUCCAACCGAUUCCAUCAUUGCGCUGGGGAAGAGGCAGAAGAUUGAGACGCGCUACGUCUCCAUGGGACAGGGACAGGAGGUUCAUGCCCGCAAGCUUCUGCAACAGACCAUGGCUAAUGGUGGCUGGGCUUUGCUCCAGAACUGCCACCUGGGCCUGGACUUCAUGGACGAGCUUAUGGACACAGUGACAGAGACAGACUUCGUCCAUGACAGCUUCCGUCUUUGGAUGACCACAGAGGCCCACCGGCACUUCCCCAUCACCCUGCUGCAGAUGUCAAUCAAAUUCACCAACGAACCACCACAGGGCCUGAAGGCUGGACUAAAGAGGACUUAUGGAGGUAUAAACCAGGACCUUUUGGAUGUCAGUAACAUGGUCCAGUGGAAGCCAAUGCUGUAUGGAGUUGCAUUUCUUCACAGUACCGUUCAGGAAAGGAGAAAGUAUGGGCCUCUGGGAUGGAACAUCCCUUAUGAGUUCAACCAGGCAGAUUUCAACGCCGCGGUCCAGUUUGUUCAGAACCACCUUGAUGAUAUGGACAUCAAGAAGGGUGUGUCGUGGAACACAGUACGCUACAUGAUUGGAGAAAUUCAAUAUGGCGGCCGUGUUACUGAUGAUUAUGACAAGCGUCUCCUCAACACCUUUGCCAAGGUGUGGUUCAGCGAGAACAUGUUUGGACCAGACUUCAACUUCUACAAGGGCUACAGUAUCCCCAAAUGCUCCAGUGUAGACCAGUAUCUCACAUACAUUCAGGGUCUGCCAGCUUAUGACACUCCAGAAGUGUUUGGUCUUCACCCCAAUGCUGACAUCACCUACCAGAGCAAGCUGGCUAAGGACGUGCUGGACACCAUCCUCAGUAUUCAGCCCAAAGACAGCUCCUCGGGAGGAGGGGAGACCAGAGAGGCCGUGGUGGCAAGACUGGCAGACGAUAUGCUGGAGAAACUGCCCCCUGACUAUGUACCGUUUGAAGUGAGAGAGCGUCUCCAGAAGAUGGGACCUUUCCAGCCAAUGAACAUCUUCCUGCGCCAGGAGGUUGACCGGAUGCAGCGUGUUAUCGUUCUGGUCCGAAACACUUUGACAGACCUCAAGUUGGCCAUUGAUGGAACAAUCAUCAUGAGCGAAAACCUGCGGGAUGCCCUUGACUGCAUGUAUGAUGCACGCAUCCCUGCUCGAUGGAAGAAGGCGUCGUGGGCCUCCAGCACCCUGGGGUUCUGGUUCACCGAGUUGCUUGAGCGGAACCGGCAGUUCCAGGCCUGGAUCUUUGAAGGGCGGCCCAACUGCUUCUGGAUGACAGGCUUCUUCAACCCGCAGGGCUUCCUGACAGCCAUGAGACAGGAGAUCACUCGGGCCAACAAGGGCUGGGCACUCGACCGUAUGGUGCUCUGCAACGAGGUGACUAGAUGGAUGAAAGACGACAUCACCCAGCCCCCCACAGAGGGAGUGUACGUCUAUGGCCUCUACCUGGAGGGAGCCGGCUGGGACCGGCGCAGCUGCAAACUCAUAGACUCAAAACCCAAAGUCCUCUUUGAGAUGAUGCCUGUGGUUAGGAUGUACGCCGAGAAUAAUGUUGUGAAGGACCACCGCCUCUACUCCUGUCCUAUCUACAAGAAGCCCGUUAGGAUGGACAUGAAUUACAUUGCAGCUGUGGACCUGAAGACAUCUCUUCCACCAGAGUACUGGAUCUUACGGGGUGUGGCGCUCCUCUGUGAUGUCAAAUAAGCUCAUCUCAUUCCAAAAUCCUGAAAUUCACUGAAAACCAAUGUCGGCUGUAUGUAAGUUGUAUCUAUUGAUAUUUAAGGCUUUCUGGACAGAUGUGUGGUUCCAGGAGGAUUUAGCCACUUGAUGUUGUCUGAGAACACCACUGUAUGCUGUGUUAAGACAGUGUAUAGUAAGUAUAAAAAUCACAUGCUAGUGUAGAUGCCUGCACUGAAUAUAUUUAAGUCUUUCAUAACAGAAUUUGCAGUUGUUUUGUGACAUUUUGUUUUGACUGAAUUGAAAGGGAAUCGACCUGUGCCUGUAGCUUUUGCAUAAACAGAUUUCCAGUGAUUGAAGCACUGAAGGACAGUAGUGUCCUGUUUCUACAUUUCAUAUUCCUCUUGUACAAUAGUAGUUGCGUGAGUUUCCCAACAGUCAUCUAUUCUUUUACUUAGAAUAUUUUCCAGUAUUAUCUAGUACCAGUGCACUCAUUACAACCUAUUACUUUUCAAAUGGUGUUAAGGGGAAUGACAAAGGUUGGAAUCAGCUGAACUGAAAACAUGUUCUUAACUUAUUAGUCACCAUAUUAUCAUCUGGGUAAUUACCCCUCAGAUAGCUGUUUAGUGCUGCAUGCAAGAAAACUCAGGUUUUCUAUGACAACAUGUGUAUCUUGAAGCAGACAAGAUGCAACACACAAAGCCAACUCUGCACAGGUGCUAGACUGAAAACAAGGUACCAUGAAAUGCAAAAAGACCUGCCCACCGUUUUGGGCUUCUGUCCAUUAAUUCUUUAUGUUGGUAGCAAUAAAGAAUUAAUGCACGGGAGCAAAAAAAAGUGUGCUGGCCCUAUUUCAUUCAUGAUGAAUCUGUAUCUUUGUCAUUGGGUGCAUGAUGUGUGCCCAACUAGGGGAAGAGUUAUGUCUGAUAGAGAGAUGUGCUAGCACUCUUCCUGCUCAUGAUUUGUUUGUUCUAAAGUACUAAAGCUUUAGAGUUUACCUCCAAGUAUAACCUUGGUUGUUAUGUGCUUAAUACUGUUGCAUUGACGACGAGCAGGCAAGCAAGAAAAGUAAGAAAAGCUAAAUUACUGAUUGUAUUUCAUAGUUUGACUAGACUGUUAACACUCUGAACUAUAUAAUAUGAAGAAGAGAGGCAUGCUGGAAUGGCUGUAACGCUCAUUUAAUGUCAAUUUCUUGGUAAACUCAGCUGGAAAUAUUUUCAAUCAGUAGCCAAAUAAAGCUUGAUUUGUAAAAGUAAGAGAAUCAAGCUCACAUAUAAUUUAUACUUAUAAAAAAAAGUGGCACAUCUUCACUUCCCUGCUGUAAUAAUCAGAAUCAGUGGCCUAAUUGGAAAUGGUCAAAUUUGAUCUUGGGAACAUGGCCAGACCCCAUAAUAAUGUUAGUUGUUGUGGUUUAGGCCAAAAAGGUACUGCAGGACAGCUGUAGUGGGGCUACAGCAGGUUUUAUAUAAAUUGGUGCUCAGCUUGCUUUAGCUGCAGUUAUUUAUGAUCAACCAGGCGUACAAACUACAAUGAGAGAAAUGAUUUUUAGAACAGGAUAAACACAGGUGAAGCUCUGAAACUUUAAUAUUUUGGGCCACAGAAUUUUUUUUUUUAUAACCUUGCAUUCAAUGGUUGACAGAUAUAUAUGACUGCUGUAUUGCUGAGAAUGCUCAUUAGAAUAAAUGGCCUGAGGUUAAUGAUCAUUUUGAGUGUGCCUAGCAAUCUAUCUAAAUAUCUAAGAAUCUAUUUAAAUAUCUUUUGGCCACAUUACAUUUUCAAACAUACAUUAACUUGGACUUUCUUUGAAUGGGAACAGCAGUGUGUGUCCAUAACAAAUGUAAAUGGUGACUGUAUCAACUUCAACUUCACUUCACCUCGAACAUCUGUCAAAUUUCCGAGAUAUAGUGAUUUUAUAUCACCAUAUCGCCAUUACUCAUUCCAUCUCUCCAGAAACUGAUGAACAGAUUUGAGACACGCGUGGUCUGAGAGUCUGGGUUUUUAGGUGGAUGUAAAAUGCAGAAAUUGGUCAAAUAUGGGUUCCUGGCCGAAAAUAUACAAGAAAUCUUGCUUUUGAGGUAAAUAACGGCAGUAUUGCCAUAGUAACCUGAGGAGGAAUUGUCAGAUGAAAGGCUGUGAAUCUAUUUUUGUAUAUCCACCAUUGUAAUGAGAGCAUGCAUAUUUCUACUGUAGAAAAAUAAUAAAUGAGUG